CCAACCCCCACCUCCUCCCUCGCUGCCUUUCCCUUCCUUCCCCUCGCUCGCACUCUCUCACCGGCGCACCACCACCACCACGACCAUGGCGUGCACGGGAGGCGGUGUCUCGCGGAGGGCAUGACGCGGCGGCGCCUUCCUUGGCCCUGGCUCAUCCUCUCUUUACUACUACUCACUCGGUUGGCGGCGGUCGUCCUGGUAGCGGGCUCGAGAUGGCGGGCGCGAUGGUGGUGCACGGCGGGGGCAGGGACCGGGACAGGGACAGGUCGUCGCCUGGCGGCGGCCCGCAGGUGGACACGGGCAAGUACGUGCGCUACACCCCGGAGCAGGUGGACGCGCUGGAGCGGGUCUACAGCGAGUGCCCCAAGCCCAGCUCGCUGCGCCGGCAGCAGCUCAUACGGGAGUGCCCCAUACUCAGCAACAUCGAGCCCAAGCAGAUCAAGGUCUGGUUCCAGAACCGCAGGUGCCGCGAGAAGCAACGGAAGGAGGCAUCUCGCCUGCAGACUGUGAACCGGAAGCUGUCUGCCAUGAACAAGUUGUUGAUGGAGGAGAACGACAGGCUGCAGAAGCAGGUGUCCCGUCUCGUCUACGAGAACGGGUACAUGCGUACGCACCUCAAUAAUCCUUCUGUAGCGACUACAGACACGAGCUGCGAAUCUGUUGUUACGAGUGGUCAGCACCACCAACAGCAGAAUCCAGCAGUUCCGCGUCCUCAAAGGGACGCGAACAACCCAGCAGGUCUACUCGCUAUCGCUGAGGAGACCCUGGCAGAGUUCCUGUCCAAGGCGACGGGGACUGCUGUCGAUUGGGUGCAAAUGGUUGGGAUGAAGCCUGGUCCGGAUUCCAUUGGAAUCAUUGCUGUUUCGCACAAUUGUAGUGGCGUAGCAGCCCGAGCUUGCGGUCUUGUGAGCCUUGAGCCCACAAAGGUUGCUGAGAUCCUCAAGGAUCGCCCCUCUUGGUAUCGUGACUGCCGGUGCGUAGAUGUGCUCCAAAUUAUCCCGACGGGUAAUGGUGGAACAAUCGAACUUAUCUACAUGCAGACUUAUGCACCAACAACUUUGGCAGCACCGCGUGACUUUUGGAUACUCCGCUACACUAGUGGUCUUGAAGAUGGCAGUCUUGUGAUCUGCGAGAGAUCGUUGACUCAAGCCACUGGCGGUCCAUCAGGACCUAACACUCCAAAUUUUGUCCGAGCCGAGGUGCUACCUAGUGGCUACUUAAUCCGCCCUUGCGAGGGGGGUGGCUCCAUGAUCCACAUUGUGGAUCAUGUUGACUUGGAUGCUUGGAGUGUGCCUGAGGUCCUUAGACCACUUUAUGAAUCUCCAAAGAUUCUUGCGCAGAAGAUGACUAUCGCUGCACUGCGCCACAUUAGGCAAAUUGCGCAUGAAUCUAGUGGAGAAAUGCCGUAUGGAGGGGGCCGCCAGCCAGCAGUUCUAAGAACAUUUAGUCAGAGAUUGAGCAGAGGCUUCAAUGACGCUGUUAAUGGAUUUCUGGAUGAUGGCUGGUCACUGAUGAGCAGUGAUGGUGCUGAGGAUGUUACAAUUGCUGUCAACUCAUCUCCAAAUAAACUUGUUGGAUCUCAUGUCAGCUCCUCCCAGCUGUUUUCUGCAAUUGGAGGUGGUGUCUUAUGUGCAAAGGCGUCAAUGUUGCUGCAGAAUGUACCCCCUGCUUUACUAGUGCGGUUUCUUAGGGAGCACCGAUCUGAAUGGGCUGAUCCUGGUGUUGAUGCUUAUUCUGCUGCUGCUUUGCGAGCUAGUCCUUAUGCAGUUCCUGGUUUAAGAGCAAGUGGGUUUAUGGGCAAUCAGGUUAUACUGCCACUUGCACACACCUUAGAGCAUGAAGAGUUCUUGGAGGUUAUUAGGCUCGAGGGACACAGUCUCUGUCAUGAUGAAGUUGUCCUAUCAAGAGAUAUGUAUCUUCUGCAGUUAUGCAGUGGCGUUGAUGAAAAUGCUGCUGGUGCAUGUGCACAGCUUGUCUUUGCACCUAUUGAUGAAUCUUUCGCUGAUGAUGCUCCACUAUUACCAUCAGGCUUCCGUAUCAUACCGCUAGAUGCCAAGACGGAUGCACCAUCUGGAACACGUACACUUGACCUUGCGUCUACUCUUGAGGUUGGAUCGGGAGGGACUCGUGCUUCGAGUGACGCGUCCAGCACCGGCAGCACGAGAUCAGUCCUCACCAUCGCUUUCCAGUUCUCGUAUGAAAACCACCUUCGGGAAAGCGUCGCAGCAAUGGCCAGGCAGUAUGUGAGAACCGUGGUGGCAUCGGUGCAGAGGGUGGCCAUGGCAAUAGCCCCUUCCCGUGUCGGUGGACAGAUUGAAAUGAAGAACCCUCCAGGAUCUCCCGAGGCUCAUACGCUUGCAAGGUGGAUUGGCAGGAGCUACAGGUUUCACACCGGAGCGGAACUCCUCUGCCCCGAGUCACAAAGCCCGGACGCUUCCUUGAAAGCGCUGUGGCAGCACUCAGACUCAAUCAUGUGCUGUUCCCUGAAGGCUGCUCCUGUGUUCACCUUCGCCAAUCAAGCUGGCCUCGACAUGCUGGAGACGACCCUGAUUGCUCUCCAGGACAUUUCGCUUGAGAAGAUCCUGGACGAUGAUGGCCGCAAGGCGCUGUGCUCUGAGUUCCCCAAGAUCAUGCAGCAGGGUUUCGCUUACCUCCCAGGUGGCGUGUGCGUGUCGAGCAUGGGGCGGCCAGUCUCGUACGAACAGGCGGUGGCGUGGAAGGUCCUGGGCGACGACGACACCCCGCACUGCCUCGCCUUCAUGUUCGUCAACUGGUCCUUCGUGUAGUAGUUGUAGCAGCCAGUCAACCUCGUACUCAAAAAAACUGUCUUCAGAACCUGCGUUCGGUUGUUUUUGUCAAGAACCCUGUUUCAGUUUUAUCAUCAUGCGCCCUGUGGAACACAUUGCAAGUGUACUUUUUGUUGCUCGCUGUAUCAAUGGAUUGUUGCGUGUCAUGUGAA